UCUUAUCAGUCGACCUCCAGCCUGCAUCGCAGCACACAGCCCUAGCCGCUCCAUCGACAUUAAAAAAUAAAUAAAAAAGAAACAAUAAAAAGAUAGAAAAAUAAAAAUGUGAAAAAGGAUCCUAGCUGGUGACGUAACAGUGCAGUGCCACAAGUGAUCGAUGUGAUAUCCGUUUAUCGUUAAUUUAGCUGAAUGAAAACUACUACAGGGCGAAGUGCGAUAGGUACGUUAGGUGCGUAAAAUUUAUACAUGAUUAUCUGUUUAACAAAUAAACGUCAAAUGACGAAGUCAUGUUUGUCACUGAAUGAUAAAUUCUCGAUUCAAAUACCUACUGCACAAAAAUAACCGGACGUAAUAAACAAAAAGAGAUUCUUUAUAAUGUAAUAAUUCCAUAUAGCAACUAUUAGCAAAUCAGUAUAAAGUAUCCUUCAUUCAAAAGCAUUGCUGAUUAAACAAAAUUAUUUCUGUGUCAGAGUAAAUGUAGUUCUACACAAACGAAAUUUGAUAAACGUGAGCGCGCAUGCGUUUGAUGAACACAAACUGCUACCGUUUUGUUUACCGCUGUAUCAUAUGACAGGCGAUAACGUGUUGCCUAGUCGGCGAUAUACAACCGCGGCGGUGCUGAUAAACUAUUCCAUACUAACGUACAACUGUUCGCCAAAGUCAGAGUUCCCUUCAGGACAACGCGUACUACAAUCAUAACUUUUACUCUUUCUUCCUCAACAUAAAAGGAAAUUUACAUUCGUAUCUAUCUGCGCCAAUAAUAACGCUUAUUUUAAUUAGGCAUAAACAUGUUUCUAAUUUCAAUGUGACUGUAAACCGAUUUCCUAUGACGUGACCGGCGGUCUAUUUCGAAAUUUUAUCGAUAAAAUCCCAGAAUAACGACCGCCUCACUACAAAUCGAGUUUAUUUUUAUUUUGUCGAAUUUGAAUUUAUGGAACGCGCGCGUGAAACUGCCUUGAAUAUUAUCGGAAAAGUAUUAUUUUUUAAUUUUAGUCGGUGGCAACGAUAACUGUGGACUUACGGUGUAUUCAGUGUUGAACUAAAAAUAUUUAAAAUGUGACUGAAAUGUUUUGAGUGCGUAAUGUGUAGUGUAUUAGAAGAAACAUUGUGAAUAUGUCCUUGAAAAUGAAUAUUGACCCUGAAGAUUUCGCCGAUGACAGAUUUACAGGCAGCUCGAGCGGGUCUCCCGGCGCACGAGCUGGUCGCCGCUCUUCGCUGGCCCUCACACCCGAAGACGAACCGCUAGUCGACGUCGCCAACAGGUCUCCACCGCCUGCGCACAUCCCCUCCGCCUUGCUCUACGCGCCGGUGGAACCGCUAGAGUUGCUAUGCGUGUUCCCGGAGCGCGCGUCGCGAGUGUGCGCGUCAGCGUGCAGCGCGGCGGCGCGUGCCGGUGGAGAGGCUCGUGCGGUGCGCUCGGCGCGCGAGGCGUUGGACGCGUUGCGACGCGAUGGCGACAACCGAGUGCCGCAUGUCAUCGUGGUUGAUGCACGGCAACCACAGGCCCUUGAUGCUCUACUGCUGGCCAGAGCUAUAAGAGGAACGAAGAACACUCAACAUAUAAUUCUCAUUGCAGUUGUAAAGAAAAGCGCUUAUCUCAAAGAUGACUUCGUUGUGCUGCCGUACCUCGAGGCUGGAUUUAACAGGAUCAUGGUAGAGACAGUCGGCACGACAGCGUGGUGCGCGGAGGUGCUGCAAGCGCGCGCAGCGGGCGCGUCGGCGCGUGCGCAGGUCGGCGCCGUCGCCGCGCUCGCCGCCGCCGCCGACCGCUGCCGGGAUCUCGUUGUUGUUACUGAUGAUCAGCAGAGGGUGCUUCUCACGAACAAGUCAUGGUGUCGCGUGCUGGGUUGGAGGGUGGAGGAGGGACCGAGGCCGUUGGCGGAGACUGCUGGGGGCGAGGCCCUGAGACUGGCAGCCAGCGGGGCGCGAGAUUGGGAGGCCCCGAUUACUCUACGUCGCAGAGCUGCGCCUGAUCCUCUGCUGCUGCCGUGUCGUGGCGCCGCUGUUGCUUUAGCCAGGAGCAUAUCUCAUAUAGUGUUCGUGUGCGAACCUGCCAACGUGAUAGACACGGAGCGUGGUCGAGGGUCACUGCACUCCAUCAGACGAGGCUCCUUGGACGUCCGCUCUGUAGCCUCUGAUGGCCUUCGACGAACAUCGCUCGCCAAACUACAGGGACUGCCUCUGGAAGCGCCUAUCACCAAGGUGAUAUCCCUGCUAUCAACAGCAACCGAAGGCGCACCACCAUCCACCGUAGCCUGCAUAGAACGAGCAGUUGACAUGCUGAGGACAUCUGAACUGUAUUCGCCACAGAUGAGGGAUGAACCCAAACUGAGGGUCGAAGAUCCCAUCGCUACUGAUCUGAUUGGAGCGCUGCUGUCGCAAGGACCUACCAACGUACUGUCCUCACGACGAAGCAGCAACGAUUCUACUGUGGUCCGAUCACAGACUAACAGGUCCAACAUCAAACACAAGACAUCAGGCCAACUUCGGGACCUGCUGGACUCAGCUUUGAAUUGGGACUUCGAGAUCUUCCGCCUUGAGGAGUUGACCCGUGGUCGGCCUCUGGUCCACCUGGGCCUGGCCCUCAUGGGCGGUCGGUUCGACGUGUGCUCCGCUCUGGAGUGCGAUGAGCGCACCCUACUCCACUGGCUCACGGUGAUAGAGACCAACUACCACGCUGUCAACACUUAUCAUAAUUCUACUCAUGCGGCUGACGUGCUUCAGGCAGUAGCAUACUUCCUCGAGAAGGACCGCUUGAAAACGCUUCUAGAGCCGCUAGAAGCAGCUGCGGCCCUUAUCUCCGCAGCAGCUCACGACAUAGACCACCCCGGAACCUCGUCUGCCUUCCUCUGCAACGCCAGACAUCCCCUCGCCAUCCUCUACAAUGACGUGUGCGUCUUGGAGUCUCACCACGCCGCCUUGACGUUCAAGCUCACUCUUAAUGACGACCGGGUAAACAUAUUCAAGAAUCUCGACCGCGACACGUACAAGCAGGUGCGGCACAAUGUGAUCGACAUGAUCCUCGCCACGGAGAUGACGAAGCACUUCGAGCACCUCGCCAAAUUCGUCAACGUCUUCUACGCCAAGACCAGCGGCAGCAAGGAGGAUGGCAUGCAUACUGACGAACCUUUAUCUUUGGACACCACAGCAUUGGCUCUGCCGGAGAACGUAAUUCUUAUUAAGAGGAUGAUGAUAAAGUGCGCUGACGUGUCCAACGCUUCAAGACCACAGAAGUUUGCCUUUGAAUGGGCCAGGAGGAUCGCAGAGGAGUACUUCCUGCAGACGGAUGAGGAGAAAGCCAAAGACCUACCAGUGGUGAUGCCCAUGUUUGAUCGCGCCACCUGCUCCAUCCCGCGGUCGCAGAUCGGAUUCAUUGACUACAUCAUCAUUGACAUGAUGGAGGCUUGGGCUGCAUUUAUCGACAUGCCAGAACUGGUGAACCACGCGAGGAACAACCACGCCCGUUGGAGGGAACUUGACGAUGCCGGAGUCACGACCCUAGCGGAUGUGAAACGUGCGCAGCGUCAGACUAACGCCAUUCAAGCGUCGCCUGCUUCCACCGCCCAUACCACUGCUGAGGAGUAAACCAGAAGACCGUAAAGACAAAGGACAGUCAACUUCAGGUGUUAAGGGAACUGUGUCAAAAAUUGUGGAUGUGAAUGAGCUUUUGAAUCGCAGAAUGGAGAAGAUACGAAGUAGGAACGUACAGUGCUUUAUGGAAUAAUUCAGGUAUUUUUAAAAGGAACAACAGAUUUGCGCGAAAUAAAUUGAAAGAGACGAAGAUGCGAGGGUAAAUAUUAGAAGCAAUGGGUUAUAGAACUCGAGCCGAUUGACCUUUGUAAGAAUUUAUAAAUUGCUGAAGACUUUUGACCUUUUGUAAGAAUCUAUCCUGCAAAAGACUUUAAAGGACUCCAGAAUUUCUCUCGGAAAAGAAUGAUCGGAAUCGUUACGGGUGUUAAUGUGAUUGAAAGUAGGAGAUCAUGAGAAUAGUGCCUGACCAAAUAUGGACUCAUGAAGGUAGAUCCAACUAUACUGCCUAAUAUAUAGGCUAAAUGGCGGUUCAAAUUGGGUAAUGCAGUAGUGAAGGUAUUUGAAAAUGGUCCGAACACAAUAAAAUGGUAUCGAUAGGUACACAUAAUUGAGCUUUAGCACAAAAGCCAACCAUGAUAAGAGCUAAUAUCGUAACUAUAUUUACAUUUUGCUUUAGUCAGUUUGAACCUAAGUAAACAUUUACUAUAUCAGGCAUUAAGCCUAGAUAAGAAUGCGAGAAAGACCAAGAUUUCAAGGUUGCAUUUGGAAUGUCAACGUUAAAAGUCUGAAAUGGAUCAGAGGCAUGGGUCAUGCCUGACGGAUAUGUCCGAAAAUACGCUUAUUUUAUACUUAUUAUAUCCGUGUUAGUGUGGAUAUCAUUAAAAUUGUAAUUGUUGAUAUCUACUUUUUUACGUAGUAGUAUUUAGUAGAGAAUAUUGAAUCCAAAAAUAUUUACUAUAUUGAAUGUAUCAAAAUCAAAACUUGGGAAUUUUCGUCGAUAUCUUAUAUUAUAUUCUUUGAUGAAGACGUAUUAUAGUUGCCAUUUAUACACGGGUAUCUUAGUUUGUUGUGUAGGUACAUUUAUCGUUAUAAUAUUUACAAAGGAAUCCGUGAUAGAAGUGCCAUAAGUAAAUAUUGGCAGAUCAUUUACUUAAACAUCAUGUUACAUUACAUUCGUCAUCACCUCCAUUAUCCCAUGACAGUUUAGUCCUCUAUGACCACAUUCUUCGACUUACAUUAACUUUACCUUAAAAUUUAUCGGCCAAAUUAAACUAUACCUUUUUUCUGGAAUUUUGGUCAAGGUAUACACUUGAGCUUUCAGAGGGAUCCUAUUUUUAUAUUAAACUUUUUGUAGUGUGUACUGAAUAUUUCGGCCUCUGCGUCAUAUCAGAUUUCAAAUCCUUUAUUCAAUUCUUAUUUUAACUCUUAUUUUCAUUUCAUUCCUAAGGAUGUGUUUAACAUUUUAUAUUUAACAGUGCGUAGUAAAUGUUAAGUAAUUUAUAAAUUUUAUAUAAUUAGGACACUUGAAUAUUUCAUAUAAUUUAUUGGAAUAAGGUCUAACAUAUUUGUAAUAAAUAAUUAUAUAUAACGUGUAUUCGUCGCAUGACGCUGGUAUAUUAAAUAACAUUGUAUUGUCUAGUGUAAUGAGUAACUUAAAGAGAGUAAGAAUACGCUUCCUUGUGCUCAAUGUCAAUACAUUACGGUCUAAAUAUAUAUAUACGUAUACAUAUAUAUACCUAUACAUUGUGUACUUCAGUAAUCGUACUUUUUACUUACCUAGGUAUAUAUACUUAUACAUCCUUUAUACUUGAAUGAAUUGGAGUGUGUUAUGCUACUUCAAAAUUUACGUUCAUUGUGUUCAAUCUCAUAUGUUAUACGGAGUACUACCAAACUGUAUUACGCCUACUAACAAUUCGUAUGAUCCCAAAUUAAGGUAUAAUAUUAGUUAAAUUGAAAUUUAUUUUGCUAGUUAGCUCAAUUUUAAAUUAAUUUCUAAUUAGAUUAACUAAUAUUUGUGACGAUGUUGGUUUUAGUGGUACUAAGUUACCAAUUAAAUAGGAAUCCUAAGCUUAAAGUUUGUGAAACCAGCAUCAACCUAACCUGAAUGUUUUACUAUUUAUGUCGGCGAGGAGUCCAUCUGUAUUGACUUGUGCCUGGGUGAAUUUUAGAGGACUGCAAGUCAUUCGUGUCACCACAAAAAUAUGCUGUAACCUUUUGUCUUUUUGCAAAUAUCCACUGUGUUACCAACUGCAGAAAACAAAAAGAUCCUUUUAGGAUAUUUUUUUUGACAAAUACAAAUAACUAUUGAUUUCCGGUGCUCCAAAAUUCACCCACCUACCAACUACCAGCAUUGUAGUUACCUAUGAAAGGUGAAUCAUUGAUAAAGGAUUAACUACGUCAAUGCAGAUGAGACGAAGUAUUAGUGUAUGUUUGAGAGUUAUAACUAUAAGAAGGGGGCUGGUCCCUGUAUUGUGGAGUUAAUAUUGUUGUGAAUUUUAUAUGCGAAGGCGGCAGUUGUAAGUAACAAUUAGUUAGUGUUUAUUGUAAACCAAUUCAAUACUUUGCUGAGAUGUUGUUCGUCAGAUUAUUCACAUUUCAAGUAUGAAAAUGCUAUAAAAAUAGGAAGUUAGUGCCACUCAAAUAUAGAUGGCGCUAAAUCAAUCUGAAGUUAGCUACAGCAGAUAGUUAUUGUUGCACAGUACUUGUACAAACUUCAUAAUAUUUAAGUUUGGUAAAUACCCUCAGAAAUACCAAAUAACACGAUUUGUUAUUGAACAAAUAAAUGUAUUACAAAAAAAUGUAAUCAAAGAAAUGUGCGUAUUAAAAUGACGAACUCUUAUCCUGUAAUUCUAAAAUUACAUUCAAAUACUUUACGUACCUUUGAACAAGUUGUUGCUCUAGUUUUAAUAUCCAUUUUGAUCUGAUUGAAUAUUCUAUUGCUUAUAUUAAUGUAAAGAGCAUUUUCUACUAACCUAACCUAAGUAAGAAAGAAUGUUUACAGAAACCUAUUAUGUAUGAUACUCCUAUAGGAAAUGUUUCAAGUUCCGCAUAAUUGUUAUGACAUGAGGAGUUUAUUAAAACUUAAGCAAUACUGGUUCAAUAGCACACUUUUUGAAUGAAUGUCUGUGUUCGAAAUAAUAUGGAAAUUGUUAAGUGUUGUAAAUAAAGGAAUAAUUCCAAUAAACCAGCUUUUUUCUGUAUGUUGUCAUAAACAAAUAAAAACAAUAUAGAUUUUAUAAAACUAAAGGAACGUAGAGGCCGUUUUUAGAGCCAUACAGACCAAAGAAAAUCCAAAAUGUCCAUAAUAAAACAUUUUAUUAUAAACAAUAAUUAAAAAACAUAUUUUACAUUGUAUAACUAAUUACAAUUCCAACAUUGCGUUUUUAUAAAUGCAGUUUAUAUACCUCAAUAUAUUAUACUACCUUUUACUUUAUGUUUUGAGACAAUUCAAAUGAUAAAUAAAUACGAUAUCCUGUACAAUUUUUAGAAGUACUUCACAUAAAUAUACGCUUAACUUCAGUAAUGUUCCUGUAUAGAGUUGGAAUGAAAAGAAUUAUAAUCCUGCGUGAGUAGAGUAUCUAUUAUAAUAAUUAAUUUAAUAAAAAUACCAUAGUACCAAUUAGAGAUUUCGGAUAUUCGUACUGUGUACGUGGUCAGUACAGGUUCUUUUUUCGAAAAUAUAAUCUAAUAUGACGGAUGUACGAAUUAGCAUAGUUUAGAUUUUACCAAAUUUAAAUAUCGCUGCAAAUACGACAGGAAAAGCAUUAUUCCUUGUCAAUAACAUGUAUGUUUUAAUAAUUCUCACAUUUCUAUUUGUAAAAUCCAAACUACACUAUUGGUCAGUGAUGUUAGUGGUAAAAUAAAUAUACAAUUUAUUCCACCCUGUUCCUAUACGUCAGUACUACUUGAUACAGUGAGAACAGCGAACCUAACUAACUGAACACAUCGAUCACUUCUUACCCGUGCAAACAUCUAUUUUGCACCUUAUAAGUACCACUUGAUGUUCGUAUUUGAAUUUUUACGAUACAUUUUAGUUAGAGACGAUAUAUAAUAAAUAUAGAAGAGUUUUUUAAUAUUGGAAUUGGUCCAACAAUCACAUAUAAGAUUUAUUUUAUUAUUUUACAUGUCUGCAUGUCUGUCUGCAUCUACCCUUCUAUAUUUAUUAUAGCUCGACAGCACAUAAUAGCUGAUUAAUCAGAGAGAUUAAAAACAAAACAUUGAAACAAUCUAAAAAAAACAAUAUGCCUCAGACAUUUGCGCUUAUAGAAGUAAAUGCGCAAUGUCAACAAUAGUGAAAAAGCACAUUCUUUAUAAGAUGAAUUGCUUCAACAUUCUUUUUUAGAUGAAUUGAUUCAAUGUGGGCUUUUUAUCUCGUCUGAUUAAAAAUUGGUAUUUUAGUCGGCACAGGGUACCAUCAACGCUCUAAAAGACUAGUUAAGAUAAUAUAAGUUUUAGAUACUUUUCAUAUUAUAGUCUUCUAAUACCUAUAGUUUGUAGUGGGUUGAUAGUAUCCUUAGUAGAAUGCCUUCUAAGACUUC